AGAUGACCCUUGUAGCUGACUGAUCUGUGACUGCUAGAUCUAUCUCUCUGCUCGACAAUCUCUUGCAUGUGAAGACCACGACAUUCGUCUAUCCGGGGCGUUGCAGGUGCCGGUGCAGCCCAUCAACAUGCAUAGAUGACGACAGCCACAAUCGUUGAGCAUGCCGCCGUCUCUCAGCCAAAAGACGACGCUGAAUCGCGCAACAGCGCCAGGAUCGGCGGUGCGAGUGCCGUGUCGCGCUCACUCAUCGGUCAAAUACUCGCUGUUUGGUUUCGCGUGCCCGUCAAGCUAUUCAGGCCAGCACGGAUCGAUUAUAUGAUUGUACCGCGUGCCUUGUUUGCAAAACCUGCUACACCGGGUGAGCAUGCGCGUUGGUGGCAACGGUCUACACCGUACUUACUUGGGAAAGCCGUUCGACAGCAUGGCAUUGGCUUCAUUCCAAAUUACGUCUUGCCGCCAUUGUUUGCGAAUAGCUUGAUUGGUGUUGUCUUGUAUACGACGUAUAUUGAAGCGCUGGGUGUGCUGCAUGCACCAUCGAAGCAGGCCAAUAACCCAUUUCCACCGCCACCACCGGAAGCCACGCUCAAAGCAGGCGCUCUGGCUGGGUGUGCACAGGCACUUGUCAGUCAGCCUAUUGACGCGCUGACCGUACGUUUUGAGAUUGCCAGUGUUCUCGGAGGUAAAAUGCCAAACUUGUGGCUCUGGUGCCUGCAGACCGUUCAAAAGACUGGUCUCAAACCCAUCUUUGGUGGAUUCUUGUUGAGUGCCAUGAAGGAAUCAGUGAGCAUGGCUGCAUUCUUCUGUUUGUUCGAAAUGGUCAAGGGACAAGGGUACUACGCCUUCCUGCGGCUCAUCUAUGGGCGGGAUCACCUCAGUCUGUAUAACAGCUCAUUCGGCAACCAUCGCAAUCAAGAUAAUCUCGAGGGAGAAGGCAAACCCGCAGCUAGGCCGUACUGGAUGAUUGGCCCUACCUUCCUGCUAGCAGCAGGUCUAGCAGCGUCGGUCGCGCACACAUCCGUUCACUAUCCACUCACAAGAAUACAAAACGUGCAUAUGACCAGACUUGAAUCUGCCAGCUACAGACAACGCUUUGAAGCACAAUUUCACAAUCGAGCAGCAGCGAGCGUGUAUUUGGGGGAGUACAGCACAACGCUACAGCAAUGCCAUGCACAGGCACAGAAAUACGCCAAACGUGCAGGAUCCAGCGUUACGGCUGGGUGGGGACGAUUCUUGUUUCGUGGAUUCACCCAAACUGCUAUACGUGGGGCUCCAGCAACGGCUGUAGGCCUCAUCAUCUUUGAGAGCUUUAGAAGUCACUUCAGCCAGCAGGGAGACGUCUUUCUUGAUUGA